UGGACUCGUUCCAAGGUUGAUUAGCUCAGGCUUGGCAUUGGCUAUCGUUCUUUUGUCUGGCAACAGCUUCAAUUUCACCUCUUUUAUUGACGAAUGCCUCAGCACUCGCCCAGCUAUCCUCAUCCUCAUCCUAUUUAUGAAAUUUAAAUUUGCCGUCGAGGAUUACCAUGGAAUCCUAUACUUUGCUCGAUCAAACUUCUGAAGAUGCGCUUCAUAAGACACGGCUUCUAAACGUGGAAGAAAAACCAUUUAAACGAAUCACAAAACGCCUUCUUACUCCUAACUCCUUGGUAGCCACGCCAUCUACGUUAUUUCCCACCCCACCGCCCGAAGGAACCGAUGAAGAAGCGUCGGCAGCUCAGGCCGACGCUGUCAAGCAGAAGCAACUGGAGGAAUGGUGCCAGUUUCGCGAAGAUAUAACACUCGACUUUGCUGCUUUUGAAAGUAGUAUUGCCAGAAUCCAAUUUCUUCUUGCAAGCAAUGAGAAAGAGCGGAAACGUUAUGCGGCCGAAAAGUUGAGAAUUCAGUCAACAGCGCAAGCUGUGAAGGAUAAUACGGCUGAGUUGAGGAUACAACUGGAAGAAGCACAGAAGACUCUUGCGCUGCGCAAGACAUAUGAUGAUCUGGCGGACAAGAUUACUUCGAAUCGAUUGCUACGGCCCAGGGAGGAUCAACAGGCCAACCUCCAAAAGCUACAUGCGGAAAUCUCCCAGUUGGAGCAGGAAAGCAGGGAAUAUGCGCAGACAUGGAGUGAACGCAGAGAGCAAUUUGGUAGAAUUGUGGAGGAAGGGAUGAACCUUCGGCGGUUAAUCAGGGAUGAGAAAGAGGAAGUUGAGAGGAGAGAAGGGAUGGAGGAAGAAGAGGAGGGUGAUGAGGGAGAUGUCGGCUCGAAAGGGAGAGGAAGUGCGGUUGGGACUCCGAAGCCAGAUCAAGAUAGUGUAACCCCUUCGCAUGCUGGGCAUGAAGACUCGGGGCCUACCUCGGCACCAUCCCAAACAGAUAAACAACGCCCGCUGGCUACCCGUGGUGUGACUCCACUGCGACAAGCGAUAAGUGCGUCGUCGACCGAUGGGCAGCCGGCAACGCAGGAGCCGGAGGAUGAAAAUAUGAUAGAUGAAGGGGAAGUUACCGGAUCUGAAUCGGGACUGGCGGAGACAAUCGGCGACAGUACAAGGCCCGGCUCAAGAGCUGCGGAGUCGCGGCAUGCGAAAGGCUCCCUUGAAGACAGGUUUGGGGACAAGAUGGACACCAGCUAGUGAAGUAGCGACAUGAACGAGGAUAUUGAUACCCGUGCUACAGUUCGGUUGAAUACAUGUCGGUUCCCAAGCAAAAUAUAACAGGGCAUACUCGAAAUACUCCAUGGUGUGUUGAUGCAUUAGCAGUGCAAAAUUGUGAGCCAAUUACACGAGUUUGAUUCUCGGAGGAGAAAGUCAGUCAAUAAUUACAGAAUGAGCUAUCAAACAAACGAACCCAUAAUAGAAUUGGUGAAGAAAUAAAUAAGGUAUGACUUGCUCCAUAACUCCUCGUUUUCAAACUUGGCAUUCAUCCCUUAGGAUUCACCCAGACCCGGAGUUCAUUGAAGCCUUUAGCUAUCGAAUCCCCUAUGCUCCUUAUAACGGUCCAUAUAUGUUUCGGGAUAUAAGUAACUAGGUAAAUCAGUGCAAAGCCAGUAUGCCACAGUAUUUUACCGGUAAACCCAAAAAGCGCUCCCAUUGCUUUGUAAGUUAACUCUCCGAAGUCGAGCAUUAUAUCAUACACCUUAAGUGGGAAUGAGACAAAUAUUACUCGUAGCACGUCGCAGAAUCCAUUCCAGAUGUCCGUGAGAGUAAGGCCGCGGAAGAAGGAGGCCACAGCGCUGAGUAUGGUAUGAAUGAGUGAAGCGACUCUUUGAAAAAGGCUCGCUAUCGUGGUCGCAACGGAUGUCAGUAUGAACCACAUCCACUUCGACACACUGAUGGCAAUUUUCGGUAUCUCUUUCGUGAGGACUUUCCAGGUGUGUUUUGGCAGGGUAUUUGUGCAAAAUUUCCAUGUACUUUUCAGCACAUCUGUGACGGCUUUGGGUACUCGUUUAGCUACUUUCCAUACCGAUUUUGCAAAUUUUUUCAUCCUGGCUGGUGUUUGUUGAGCUUGAUAUUUCAACCAGGGCAAGAAUCCCGCUCUGUUUACCCAACACCAUUUGCAGGCCUUCAUCAGGGGCUCGACGAGUCCUUGCUUGGGGACGGUCCAAAGGAAGAAUUUUGGAAUUUCGUAAAAGAUAAAGGCGUUAAAUUUGAAAAUGGCCUCAAGGGCACGCAUUGCUCUCAUCAUAGACACCUCAUGCGCGGUCUUCCAUCGCUUCCAUCCGCCCCCUCGACGUACAGGGAGAUAAUCGACAACAUGCCUGUGGCCGUUUCUUGAUGCCAAGCGAAGCGGAAGCUGUCCGUCUGGUGCGAUCUUGGAGUCAUCGCAUUGAUAGGUCUCGAUGAACAUUUUGACAAGUGGAAGAUUUCCAAGCUCAGCAGCCAGUUGUAGCGGGGUUCUCCUGAUGGCAGCGCGCCCGGCGUUCAAUGAGCGAAACCCCUGAGCGUAAGUUAGCGUGAUGAUGAAUUGGAUGGCCUAAGAGUCCGUUUUAUUUUUGGAACGAAUGAAACCAUUUUAUUUCCUGCAAACGACCUCGAGCAAAAUAAAAGAAGCUUCCUACCGAAAUCGCAUAGGCAUCAGGCUCUGCGCCGAGAUCAACUAGUUCUUGAAUGGUUCGUGUUCUUCCCGCCUUUACAGCAGCUAGCAACGGAGACAUACCAUCCCUGUCGAGGAUAUUGGGCGUAGUCAGCUUCUGUGAUAUAAGCCAUGAAAUAGUUUCGCUCUUCCCCGUAGAGAUGGAUGCAAAAAGAAGACAGUUGACGGCGAGCGCGAGGAAUGACAACUCGUCCGCUGCAAGCUCAUGCAGGUCUUUGACAAUGUGGGGAUCAAGUUGAGAUUCAUCACUGGAUCGCAAAAGUUUGUUCAGGAGUGACUGGACCCUAUCCUGGUCAUCUUCUCGUUCACGCUGUUCCUGGUCAUCUUCAUCUCCUGCGUAUGUCGGAAGGCCAUCCUCCCUCUCCACGUACACUGGAAGUUCGUCAACGACAGGGGUGUAAAGAGCAGAUCGGCAUUUUGUGAAUGAACUCAUGUUUGACUGCGAGCAGCACUCUGCUACUUCAUGUGGAUGGUAGAUAGAAGCAAAUGCGACGUCCAAAAUAAGUAAUGAGAAAAGUAAAGCGCAAGCAUCCGACACCGAGAAGAUGACUCUCUUUCGCAUCGCUUGGGGGAUUGAUAAAUAGUCUCUUCCUGGCAGUUCCCCGCGCCGCAAGCCAU